AUGGACUUCCACUUUAAUAAACAUACUAAUCACACAUACACUGAUAACGAAGAUGCAGAGGUAGAGGAUGUUGAAGAGGAUCGUCAGGAUAACUACAAGACAUCUCAUCCCCAGGGCCUCACCGCUGACGAUGCUUUCAAUGAAAGCGAUGGUCAAGAGGAAAACUGUGAGUUGAGGGGUUCCGACUUCUCCGACGCCUCCUCCUCGAAAUCCGGAUUUAGCGACGACGUCGAGCUGAUUUUUGGUGAAGCGGCGACUCAAUCGAUCAAUGAGCCACUGGUUGAGGCCUCUGAUGUCGGUUAUCACCACGCAAAGCGGGAUGUCUUAAAGAGUGAGUUUCUUUUAGAGGGCGCCAAAACUGGUACUCAGGGCUUGUUGAUAGCCGACCACGCCGCGCCGGUUGCUACUGAACUUACUUUUCUUGAUGCAGUUGCUCAAAUCCCAGGACGCCUCAAAAAUGUUGCGCUUGUCGGCGACCUUCAGCACGGAAAGACGUCCUUACUGCGGAUGUUGCUUCGUGGAAAGGGGUACCAACAGUAUCAGAGCGAAAAGGAUCGCCACAUAUCGCUUAAAACGCACGUCAUGUCAGCCCUGAUGGGUGGCAAUGAGCUAUACCCAUCUUCACAGCUUAUCACUUUUGUGGAUACCCCCGGCCAUCCGGACCUUUUUGAAGAGGUGGUUGCUGGCUUACGCCUGGUCGACGCGGCAAUUUUUUGCGUCGAUGCUGUAGAAUCUCUGAGCGCCACAGGGGAGCGUUUAUUACGGCACCUCAUCCUCCGCGAGCAGCUUCCUGUGGUGCUCGUCAUCACCAAAGUGGAUCGCCUCAUCAUAGACUUGAAGUUGCCCCCUCUGGAUGCGUAUCGCAAGCUCCGUCUUGUGGUGGAUGCUGUGAAUAACAUCAUCAUGAGCUGCAGUUGUCGUGCCGCAGCGACACCAGACAAGACGGGAUCUAGAAGCUUUGUGGUUUCACCCGAGAACGGUACAGUAUGCUUUUCCUCCACCAAGUUGGGUCAGUUUUUUUCACUUGUGACCUUCGCGAAAAAAUACUCGGAGAUCUACCCCGGUAUCGAGAUUGGUAUGCUUUCUCAGUGUCUGUGGGGCCAAGUCGUGUUUCACAAGGGCACCUUCAAGCGAAUUACUACCUUUCGUGAGCGCCCUACAUUCGUGACGUUUAUUUUAGAACCGCUGUAUAAGGUUAUUGCACACUCUGCGACCGGGAAGAGUUCUCAGUUCCUGUCAAAAGAGCUUUUGGCCUUACCACGUUCCUCGAUCACUGCGAUUCAGGAGGCGGUGCGGUAUUUCUGCGGCGAGCCGAGCGGGGAGAGCUUAGACGCCCUUUUAGAUGUUUUACCAUCCCCAGGACAACGGGCAAGUUGGUUGGGCAGUCACUACGGGUUAAAUGCCUGUUUUGAAGAAGAGGAGGAGGAGGAGGGUCAGGAACAGAAGGCCACAGUGGCGGCGAUUGCACCUUUAUUUUGCACCCUCAACGAAGACGAGGUAGCGGCUGUGGUGCGUGUCGUGCGUGGGACCUUGUAUUCUGCCACCAAGCGAUCGGGGAUGGUCGGUCAUCGUGAGCUUGUCGUCAUCGAUGACUACUCAAGCGAUGUGAACCCCUUUUACACCCUAACUCCUGAGCGUCUCCAUAUUCGAACCGUGGAAGGUGGGUUUGUGGCCGUGGAGGCGGCUUAUCCGGGACAGAUCGUCUAUCUAACCAAAAUCGACGCAUCCCGAGUUGGGAAUCACCUCGUCCUAGUGGGCGGCUCUGCGGCCUCGGCGCUGCUUCUAGAGGAAGGGAUGCUCAAUGGUGCGAAUCCCGCACCCACUGAGGUUCCAAAGACGACCUGGAUGCCACAGAUCCACCUAAAGCCCCUCAGCUCGGAAAGGCCGUUGGUGCACGUCUCCCUUGAGCUCAAGGAACCGUCCAAGCUCCAGAAGCUGCAACGGGGUCUGGAGAUCCUCCUCCGCACCUCCCCGGGGCUCGACCUUCACAAGGAGGAGACGGGGGAAUACACCUUCACCGGCUACGGCGAGCUUCACCUGGAGACGACGUUGCACCGAUUGCGUUGUGUGCUGUGUCCGUUAGUGAAGGUGGGUAUUUCCCCGCCCUACGUUCCCUUCUCCGAGACGGUGCUUGACGAGGAGGGCCUUCUAGCCGUCGCGGGGGCCCAACGAAAGGGGAUCGGCUUCACCUGCGGCACCCUCUCCCCUGGAUUGGGGAAGGCUGUGGAGUGCGAGGCGCUGGAUCUCUUCCCGGACGACCCCGGGCGGGUGGUGCGGCUGUGGACGACGAUGCGCACGGAGUAUGGGCUCGAUGCCUUGGACGCGCAGCACGUCCUGGGGCUCGGCCCGAGCCCCACCCGAGGUCCGAGCCUUUUGCUCGACGAUACCCUCGAGGAGGAGCUCCGUCAGCCCAUCCCUGCGGCUCAUCGCCAGGCUAUCCUCACGGGCUUUCGUGCGGCGACCGCGGCGGGGCCGCUGAUCGGCGACGUUGUCCGCGGUGUCGCGGCGAGACUGGUGUUGGUUGAGGCCGCGCCCGAUACGCGUGCGGCGGUCGUCCUCGCCAACGCGCGCGGGGCCGUCCGGCAGGCUCUCCUCGGCGCGCGGCCGCGGCUGCUCGAACCGGUGCUUUCCUGCGAGGUGCUUUGUGGGGCGGAAUGGGUGGAGAAAUUGAGUGAAAUCCUCCGCCAGCGGCGUGGGGCGGUGGUGGGGGAGGUACCCAUCGCCGCCACCACUCUGGUGCGCGUGAGGGCAGUGGUUCCUGCGAUCGACAGCUUUGGCCUCGAAACGCAGAUCAGAAUGCUCACUCACGGGCAGGCAUUCCCGUACUUUUCGUUUCAGCAGUGGGAUAUGGUGCCAGGGGACCCUUAUGACACUACCAUCCGCGUGCACCCGCUGGAGCCGGCACGGGGACACCAGUUGGCGCGUGAUUUCGUCUUGAAAACGCGUUUUAGGAAAGGGUUGUCAUUGACGCUUACGGACGACUCCUGA